AAUAGCGUUCGUAUCGUCGCCAGUGAAACGUGUUCAGACAAGCUGAGAGAAGCUAUCAGAAGCAAUACGGCGAGACAGUGUUGAGAGUGUUUAAACAGUAUCGCUUGUAAACCGGCUGUGUGUGUACUUAUCUAGUUAUCUCACAGUGAAUUGGAGAAUUCAAACUCGAGGAAAGCUGCCAGUGCUACCACUUGCUCCGCAAAGUUCAGCACUAAAAAUUUAUCCCACGUCCGAAGAAUCUUACGAUUCGAAAAUUGGUUCGCCAGGAAGCCAUUGUACGUGCAAAUCCGAAGCUUAUCUUCCAAGAAAAGAAAAAUCACUCACCAGUAUGACUUGCGAGGAAUUACGGUCCAUAUGCUUCAACCAUUUGUCUGACAGAACCAAAAUGUGGAACCAAAAAAAGAAUCGAGAUCUCCAUCGCGGCACCAAUAUUACAUGCGGUUUGCUGCCAACCCUGCGAGCUUUGGCAACACGAGCCGGCAAUACACAAAAAAGUGUUUGCUUUGUACCUUCAGAGGGGCAAACAGAUUCAGCCAGCCACCUCCAAAUAACCCUUCUGGAAGCUUACUGCAGGGAGAAUGGAAUUGAAGUAAUCAGAGUCUCCAAGGAAACUCUAAAAUCCAUGAUGUGUCCCUCGGCUACAGACCUAUCCUGUGUCCUUGUUACCUCCGAUGAACCAUAUUUCUUGGAGUCUCCGGAGUGACUUUCAAGCACCUCAUGCACUUAUUCUGGAAAAGAAAUUGAAAAAAAUUCAACCUGAGUCUUUAAACGAAGAGGCGGAGUUUGAGGAUGAGAGGCUUGGCGAGUGUUCCUACGAUUGUGCUGAGGAACAAGAGUGCUUUAAAACACAUUUGAUUAUGUAACUGCGCAAAGCGCAUAUACAAAUUGUCGAGGCUCAAAAGUAGAGCGACAUAAUCCUGCUUUAUUACAAGCUGAGACGAGUUGGAUGCGAGGAGACGAUGUAGACUAGAAGGAUCUUGCGGGACUCUAAAUCUUCGAGAAAAUAUUAUGUAUGUGUAUAAGAGAGAAACAGAUGCAUUCAAAAUUAUGUUUCCAAUUUUUAUUCAAUGUGUUUAAGUUUGUUAUUGCAUAAUUUACUUAUAUGUAAUCCUAUACUUUCGA